ACGUCAAUGCUCAUUCCUUUCCAUCCUCCAUACCACCCAUUAUCUCUUUACCGCAACAACAAGUGCUAAUUCCUCGAAAUUUAUAAUUCCGUUGAACUUAAUCCCAUUUCGAUUCCUAAUUUGUGAUAAUGGCCCCAAAAGCUGCUGAAAAGAAGCCAAGCACUGGCGGAAAGGCUCCCGCCGGCGGUAAAGCACCCGCUGAAAAAAAGGAAGCUGGCAAGAAAACGGCUGCUUCAGGCGAGAAGAAAAAGCGAACUAAGGCUCGGAAGGAAACGUAUUCUUCAUAUAUUUACAAAGUCCUCAAACAAGUCCAUCCGGACACUGGUAUCUCUAACCGCGCAAUGUCUAUCCUAAAUUCUUUUGUGAAUGAUAUCUUUGAACGCGUCGCCACUGAAGCAUCAAAACUUGCUGCAUAUAACAAGAAGUCCACGAUUUCUUCACGGGAAAUCCAAACCUCUGUGCGCCUAAUUCUACCAGGAGAACUCGCCAAGCAUGCUGUUUCUGAAGGCACCAAAGCUGUCACAAAAUAUUCUUCUUCUGCCAAAUAGGCUUUCUUUUUCUCUCCCGGUCUACGUUUUACAGUUGCGCGAGGUGGGGUUGGGUGUUUGCGGUUUCUAGUAUUUUGUGGGAUGGGAUGGCUUUCCUGGUUUUUUUCUUUUCCUUUCUUAAUUGUCGAUGGUACCAUGGAUUGAGAUUCGCUUGUACAAUAAGCGACAGGGAGACGAACCGGAAUGAUAUGCUCUCCUUAGUUGCUAGGUUAUGAAUACAAUAUUUGAUGUCACCACA